AUGACAGAAGAAGUAACAUAUGCCAAUCUGAAAUUUGAAAACAGCCACGAGCUGGAUAAUAUCACAGAGCCUGAAGACACUAAGGAAAAAGGGCCUCCCACUUCAUCCCGCUCUUGCUGGCCAGCAGUCCUCAUUUUGUUCACACUGUGCCUGGCAUUGCUGAUGGCGCUGGUGACCAUGGCAGUUUUACUUUUCCAGAUUCCCAAGGACUACAGGACACAACUUAGAGACCUCAACAUGACAAAGAAUGAGCUGCAUGCAAAUUUCUCAAAUACGCUGCAAGCAAUAGGAAAUCAGUUGUGCUUGGAAGGCGAAAAAAACCUUAAAAAUAAUGGCCAGAACUGUGUACUCUGCCCUGCAAACUGGAAGUGGGAAGGUGGCGAUACGUGUUACUAUCACUCCAACGAAGAGAAGUCAUGGGUACAGAGUUAUACGUUUUGUUCCUCACAAAACUCUACUAUUCUUCUGAUAAAAGAGGCAGCGAAGAUGGAACUGGUAAAAAAAUUUCCUAGAAAAACAUACUGGCUUGGAUUAAGAUAUAGAACUCAACUGAGAAGCUGGUAUUGGACAGACAACACAGUUCUUAAUGAAGAACACAAGUCUUGGACAAAGUAUCUAAACCCCCUCCAAAGCUGCGGAUAUGUUUAUUAUGGUACCAUAUAUAGCAAACCAUGUACGGAAGAGUUUUACUAUAUCUGUGAAAAGCCUGCCAUCCGAUUACAGCGAGGUAAAAACCAUUGGCAGGAGGACUGGUUCGUCAGACCAAAAUGA